UCUAGAUCUCUGCUCUACGAAUGAUCAAGUGUAUAGUAUGAGGAGGCGGGAUAGGUGUCAAAUUAUUGUUGUUUUGCCGUCCGACAUUUUGGGAGGCUGAAAGAAAAAAAAAAUCAACAUAGCUUAGGCUGUAUCGAAAGCUUACUCAAGACCAUAAUGAACUGGCAGUACAAGCGCAGCCUGCCUUUCGAGGUGCGGAGAGCAGAGGGGGAGAAAAUACGAGCUAAGUACCCGGACAAAAUCCCAAUCAUAGUGGAAAAGGCACCAAAAUCCCGUGUUGCAGAAUUGGACAAAAAGAAAUACUUAGUGCCAUCCGAUUUAACAGUGGGUCAGUUCUGUUUCCUGAUUCGGAAGAGGAUAGAGCUGCGAGCUGAAGAGGCUCUCUUCUUCUUUGUCAAUAACGUGCUGCCUCCCUCCAGCGCUACCAUGGGACAAGUGUACGAGGAACACCACGAGGAAGACUUCUUCCUGUACCUCGCCUACAGCAACGAGAGCGUGUAUGGAUAGAGAGACAGGGAGAGAGGCAGAGAGAAUGGGAUGUAACGCACAGAUUUGUGCCCAGUAAAGAUAAUUAAGAAAUGAAAAUCUGCAAGUCCAUUACUCCAUAUCGCUGGUAAUCUCAGUAUAGUAUAGUACAGCACAGUUCACCCCAUUAUGCAGCAAUAUUUGAUUACAGCAAGGUUAGAAACUCAAACUAGCCCUGCACCCAGUCCUGGGGGGUUUCCUGUGAAAGUAUUGAAAAAGUGAUGCAGCCAGUUAUUUCACACAGUAUACAGGGGGCCACCAGUGUCAGGGAGCAGCAGUCUAAAAGGCCCCUCCUUUCUUUUAGUUUUGACCUCAUUCAUGAGGAAGAAGGUGGAGCGCUGCACUCUGACACUGCUGGUAAACUAUUUGCUUUAUUGAACCAAAUAUUAAUUAGUUGAAAAUGAAAGUAUAAAACACAUCUUUUGCUGGAAUCAAACAUAUUUAGGACUUCAUGAAACAUAACUGCAUGUCUUUCAGCUUUACCUCCACAAUUGAGAAACCUGAUCCCUAACUCAACACACAGUAUUUAAAACAUUCUGUCCUGUACACAGGGCUAUGCUGGUGUGACCACACUAUGUAAAACACUACUCAGCGUGUCUAGAAGUUCAGAUCUGAAGGCACUGCCUGUGUGCUGGGUAGAGCCUCGCUGUACUGUCCUGUACGCUGUGUAACACUAUACAACCUGGUAGAACUACAGAAACGAUCCAACAUGUCAAUGGAAAGUUCAUAUAUAGAGUCUCUCUGUGCUUUUUCUUUAUACAGUAAGAUGCUGGCAUGACCUAACUGUAACACACUAAAACUACAGCAGCUACCCAGCAUGUAAAGUUUUACAACCACAUAAUUAGGGGAUUAAAAAAAAAAACAUUGGGAGUUAAACCUGAUCUCUUCAUUACUGAUGUGAAGCUAUUUUAAAAAGUAUACUUUCUAAACAAUGAUCAGGGUCCUUUUGUUUAAAAAAAAACAACACUUUAUAUACAUGGAAAAGCUGAUUUGAUGGCAGUAUUUGUUAAAGUGCUAACCAGUGUUUUAACAUUGUCUUACCUCUCAGUAUUCACCCCUUCUAUUAAUGCUGAAAAUCUUUUUUUUUUUUUUUUCUGUUAAUUCAGGAAAAGCAGAUCCUUCAAAAACAACGCUCUCUAGCAAACUGCUGCAUCCUGGUAUUUUAGCUGUAGGUCACAUGUCUUGAUUGCAGCGAGCCCAUUGGUGUCUUUUCACUACAACACUUGGGAAGUGAUUGUGUACCAGGAAGCAGCAGCAACUUUGCAUCUAUCACAUUGUCUUUGAGAUCUGUCUGUUCCAAGUGAUAAUGUUGCCAGUGCUAAUACAAGAUUGAUUUGGUAAUAAAAGGACAGACAUUUAAUUUUAAAGAGGAUAUGUUUAGCACUCCUUUAAAUGAAAUGUCACCUUGUUUUUUGAUACAUUUUUCUCCCAGCGGAAAAGUGAAUUGAGCUCUCUCUGUCUCUCCCCUGCAUUUUCAUGAGUUCAGUUUCACACUGAAACUCGAGCUGUUUACUUGGGGUGGGUUUUUUUUGUUUUUUUG